GCGCAAUCAUUUUAAUAUUUAUCCAUCCCAUACUUAACUACGGAGUACUGCGUACGGAGUAGUUAGCCAACCAAUUCCCCUCCCUCCUCCCCCAUCCCAUCCCCAUGACAUAUGAUUAGCCAGCUGUCUGGGUAACUAACUUAACUAACGACCUCAGUACAAACAAAUUGUUUACAUCGUAUGGCCUAGGAAAGAGGAAGAGGAGGAAGACUGGAUCCUUGGCAUUGCAGAUGGAAGUCUCAGCCACCGCCAAUUUAGGGCUUAGUUAGGGCUGAAAGGCUUAGGUAAAAAGGGCUUGGUCGCCUGUUCCGCUGUACGAACCAGACUCCAGACACAAUCGCGAUGUUUCCCCGCCAUGAAUGCGACUCUCACCAUCCAAGAUCUCUGGCCCCUUAGAUUCCUGACAGGAGCCAUUCUAUAUAUUAAUAGCCCGUGGCAUUUUGAAAACAACGAGAUUUCAGCCCGCUUCGUAUUGUUGCGCUCUAUUAACUUAUUCAACACGGAAUCAGCAAACCGGCUUGGCGGUUGGGCUAGCUCAAGACUAGGAGUUCGUCUGACCGAUUCACCAACCCAAUACAUAUCAUAUCGUCAUUGUCAGGCUGUACUCUUCUGUUAUUAGUAUCACGACCAUCACCCUGCUGGUAAUUUUUUUUUUUUAUAAACCACCCGCUCCAACUCCCUGAUCUCUGCCUACCAUAGACUGCAGCACACAUCGCCCACCAUGGCAUACAAGGGCGCAUACAACCCUGAUGCACUUCCCGCGUACGUGCUCUAGCUUUCCUCCUCCUCUCCACUAUCUUAGAAUGGCGACUGGAGACUAACUAGCAGUUAUCCGCCUGCAGACAUGCGGAGCCAGAGCAGGUACGUUGACAAAUGGCUCCUCUCUAGGGAAAGGUGGCACAAAUGCUAGGCGAAAUGUCCGCUCGACAAGAUCCAAACCGAGAGCGCCCCCCUAUGCCACCGCCAAAAAACGGCCCACCACCUCAGCAGACCCGCAUCUCCCCUACCCAAAGACCAGAACCCCAUUCACAAAUACCCACGCAACAUAGCUACGCACGUACAGGCAGCGGUGGCGGUCCCGGAGUCGUUCCGCCUGGAGCAGUACAAGCUACCGCAGGACAGUAUGGUGGAAGAGGAGCCCCUAUUUCCAGUACCAGCGGUCGUCUCUAUUCCCCGCCCCCUCGAAACUACGGCUUUGGGCCUCCUCCUGCGCACCCGGCCCAGAACCGGCCCACCCCAACAUGCGGACCGCCACGAAGCCCUCAACCUUCGGGGCCUGGCUUACCACAAUCUGACGACCCCAAAGAACUCUUCCCUCUCUUCCGCGCCGCCAAUGCGUCCAACUCAGGCGCCCUAUCUGAAACAGAACUGGGGUCCGCCCUAGUAAAUGCAGACUAUACCUCCUUCGACGCGUACACGGUAAAAAUGAUGAUCCGUAUGUUCGACAAGGACGGGUCUGGCAGCGUAGGGUUCGACGAGUUCGUUGCCCUGUGGCGGUUCCUGGCCGCCUGGCGGGAGCUCUUUGAGCGCUUCGAUGAGGAUCGUAGCGGCCGGAUUAGCCUGGCGGAGUUUAGCAAGGCGCUGAUCGCGUUUGGGUAUACGCUUAGUCCGCCGUUUGUGGGGAUGAUAUUUUCGAUAUUUGAGAAUAGGGCGAGGAACAAGGGGACGCCCAUACCCGGGCAGAAGGACGGGAUGAGCUUUGAUCUAUUUGUGCAAGCGUGCAUUACGCUCAAACGUAUGACGGAUGUGUUUAAGAGGUAUGAUGAUGAUAGGGAUGGAUAUAUUACACUGGGUUUUGAGGAGUUUUUAACUGAAUGUUUACGCCUUCGCGAAUGAGACGUCAGAGAUGACCUAUUACAUAGGCUAAGUGCACAACCGUUUUCUACAUCCCUAAUAACUGUAAUAACUAGAUAUUUGGUCCGGUUCUUUUCGCGACGCAAUUUAUCUGCCUUUCUUUUUUUUUUUCUCUUUCCUUUCUCUUCUCUUCUUUUUCUUUUUCUUUUUCUAUUCUUUUUUUUCGGAUUAUCCAUUUUGGGCUCCUUUCAUAUACCAUACCAAUGAUUGAAUGAAAUUUCCUACCUUAGAUCAGGGGUAUAAAGGGAAAGGGCCCGAUAGAGACAGAGGAUAUCAGGUAAAACACGUGCUUAACCUUGACUAAAAUGUUAAUUUUAGAGUAUUGCCUCCUGAGUAGUCAAUAACGAUGCCAUGGCUGAAGUCUGGACUCUGGUAGUGAAGAGAGCAAAAAACAAUUUCAAUCAGCUUGAGGCAUAAAUAUGAGGCUCUUUGCUGCAUCCCCGCUCCCUGAGGCUCCGGAACAGUGAGAUUGCCCGAAUCCGGGACCAAAAUGGACGUUGGCAUCAGCACGACAAAGAACAGAAAUAGAAAUUGUCACUUCUGACAAACAUCAUCCUAUGAUUCAAUGAGAGCAGUUUUGUGUUGAUAUCGUUGUCUUUUCUUCAAUUAUCUAUAUAGUUACUAAAACUAUAUAUGUGAAGGCCAGAUAAAAGCACAGAGCUCUAUGUUCAAAUUAUACUUUUGGACAGGGACAUACAUACAAAAAUGCAGGACGGGGUAUACUAUAUACAACAAGACAGUAAAAUCAAAUGAACAAGAAAGCAGUAUAGAAAAUCCAUACACGGCUAAAUGCGACGUUAUAUAUAUCCAACACGGUAUCUCGCUGCGCCUGCGUUAAUGCCGCUAGACUCUCCGCUCGUGGACCGGCGAAAUUUCCAAGAAAUGACUCCGCGAGCUCUGGGCCGAGUGCAGCCAGUAGCUUUGAGGCGGAUUGUUUGAGGACGUUCUGAUAGACCACUCCACCCAGCACAACAGAGGAGGCAGUCGAGAGCUGUCUGAUAAAUGAAUGCGUUGAAGUCGCGGUUGAUACUUCCGAUUGGGGGACUCGCGAUUGCAGAGCUAGCAAGGGAGCUUGGAAAUUCGGACCAGUUCCAAUUCCGGCAAUGGUUUGGUAUAUAAUCAGCCUUGGCCACGAUGUGUAUGGUUUAAAAUCGAUGUAUAAUCCAGUACCCAGCGUCAUGACGAGCAUACCCAAUCUGAUAUAUUCGACAUAUGUGCCCGUCUUGCGGAUGAUGAAGCCGAUGAUAAAGGAAACGACGGAUAGAGAGACUGCCUGAGGCAGAAUAUAGACACCACUCAUGAUGGGGGACGUGCCGAGGACCGUUUGGAAGUAUA